GUUACACAAGCGAACACAUCGGGUUUUGUAAUAUAAGCGUGUGCGAUUGACUCUGACAUAUCAAAGGUGUCAGGUCCUCUGGAUUCAUUAUUAGCUUCUCUGGGCAACGUGGCACGAGCUGCUACGGAGCAGAUCUUUGUUCUAUUUUGCUCAAUAACAUUAAAUACGGCUCCAUCUUCUGAAAUAAAGGAAUUUCUGAUAUUUCAUUUUUAUUGGAAAUAAUUCAAUAUUGCAAUCGCAUUCACGCUGGACUUUAAGAUAACCACGUAGGGCACAACAAGAAUCUGCCUGCCUUCCUUGAAUUUUGCAAGUUUAAGAAGCGCGCGACUUUUUGAAGCUCCUGGUUCACCCGCGUAUUUGAGGAGGUUGGGGAGAAGAAGAGGAAGAUAUGGAUUUGUCUUCGGUCAUCUUGACAACUGGAAGCUCGGCGUGCUUCUUUAAACUAGUCAACUGUGGAAUUAACAAACUCUCAAAGCCGGAGAGCGCGUCCAGAAACGUGUGGAAAUGGAGAAACAUCGCCACAUCUUUCGUCCACAGUCUCAUAACAGGGAUAUGGGCUCUGCUUUGCUUUUACGUGCACCCACAGAUGGCAGAGGACCUUAUUUCCACAUACUCCGUCUUCUCACACGCUUUGGUUUCUGUAUCCAUUGGUUAUUUCAUCUACGACUUCCUUGACAUGGUGCUAAACCAGAAGAUCAGCCAAUCAUGGGAGCUGCUUUUCCAUCACGCUGUGGUGAUCACGUGUUUCGGCAUCGCAGUGUUCAGCUGCCGCUACGUGGGCUUCGCGGUGGUGGCCCUGCUGGUGGAGAUCAACUCAGUCUUCCUGCACCUGCGGCAGGUGCUGCGCAUGGCCAACCUGGCCAAGACCACCGUCUACCGGCUCAACAGCAUGCUCAACCUGGGCACCUACAUGGUCUUCCGCAUCACCACGCUGGCCUGGAUGACCCGCUGGCUGGUGGUGAACCGCGACAACGUGCCCCUGCUCAGCUACACGGUGGGCAGCGUGGGGCUGGCCAUCAUGACGGCCAUGAACAUCGUGCUCUUCUACCGCCUGCUGCACAGCGACUUCCUCCAGGGAAGCAACCGGGGCCAGGAGGCCAAGAAGGAGAAGGAGACGUAGGGUGGAGGGAUGGACGGAGGAAGGGAUGGAGGUCGUCGGUUGGUGGUUUUGGAUGGCGGUGGCGGAUGGUGGCUACAGGACGCCCUCUGGUGGUUAAGAACAGUCAUGGGCAAAAGGGGUUCAUUAGUUACAAUCUAUUGUCACAUAUGCCCAAUUACUUGGUUUUAUCUGUCCAAUUUGAGACAGGUGAUUGGCUGGUUGAAUGAUCACCUGGUUGAAUUGGACAGGUAAAACAAGGUCAUUAGGAAUUUGUGGCACUGGAUUGUAACUUUUGAAUCCAUUUGCCCAUCACUGGUUACAAAUGCCUCCUUUACCUGCCUGCCUGCCUGCCUGUCUGCCUCUAUAUAGAGAGAAGCAUAUGUCACUCCGCUGCAUGGGAACCAAGAUGAGGAAAACAAUGAAUGGCAGUCAAGUUUGAAACCAUUUAGAAAUUUGGUCAAACUGAACUUCAGUGGGCUUGCCAGAGAAUUCCAAAGGCGCACUUCUACAUGAAAUUAAAAAACCUUAAUUGCAGGGGUAAACUGUUGUGGUAGGUCUUCAAACCGUUUUUCGACUCCCAUUCAUUGUUUUUUUUGUGUCAAUCUUGGCUCCCAUGGAGUAGUGUGUCUUAAGCUAUGUAUGCUUCAAGUACAUGCAGUGGCAGGCACAAUCUCUCCAUGACCCCUGCACACAUACUAAUUCCAACAGAAAUAAUGUUCUCAGACCGGCCAGAACCGUGCCGGCGCCUGCACCAGUUACAUUCGCCACUAAAGUGCUUACCUGCUAAACCACGGGGGUCCAUACCGGGCUCUGAAUUUUUCCGGAUGUGAUUGUGUGUUACCCGGAUGAACCUGCUGCCGUCCACAUUGUCAUCCCCUGUUCACUUAGAAAAACCAAGUAGCCUACUUUUCCAACUUCCCGGUAUGCGAACACUAAUAAGAUCUGCCUGUUCGCGAUUAGGUGCGGGAACGGGCACCGGCACGGUUCUCAGUCAGCCUGAGCGCACCAUGAGAGGACCUCAGCGCUACCCACCUACCAACCCUUUGACCUACUGUACCUCCUUCCCAUUCCAGCUCUCCAUGGACUCCUAAGUGCUUACAUGACAGAUGACUGGGUCAUCUAGAUGGAUAGAUACUUGUAGUAGGGAGCCUUUGCCGAAAUCUUGUGGCCUUUGUAUUUUUUGGCCACUCUGUCUGCUUUUGCACCAUGAAGGACUUAAGAGCACACUCCAUGAAGUGGGAGGAGGGGGGACUUCUGGUGACAAACGCUUAAAUCAAUCAUUUAUAGGAAGAAAACGAUUAUUGAAGUUUAAAAAAGGCUGUCAAUUCCUCAGUCCUGUUGCCUUGAAUGCACCCAUUAUGAAUGGAUCACUGAGAGCUCUAAUUGAGAUGAGUACUUUUUUUACAAGCUAGAUGAAUAUUGCUUAUUUAUUUCAGUGCGUGCAUAUUACCCAUACAACCCUCUGCCAUAUUCCUGCACUGAAAUAUUAAACAUGAACUUUUACAUAAUAAAUAUAGACAUUUAUAUUACUUUAAUACACUAAAAGGAUACAAAUACCAAGCCGCUUAAAUACUGACACCUGCUACCUCAAACGCCUGUAGCAGUUCUUUAGGUGCCGACUGAUUUUUUCCCCAUCUUUACGGCCUUUCUUUUUCAUGUAGAAGUAGAACGAUCUCAGUCUCUCUCUCGUCCUCUUUCUUUCUCUCACGACUCUAGCCUGUGAAAAAUAUAUCUAAAAGUGUCUCUGUGCUUUUGGAUUGGCCAUGUGAUACAGCCAACUUUGAGGUGACCACUGGAACACAAAUUGAAGUGUUUUUUUGUUUUGAUUUUUUUUUCUUUUUUUUCGCCUUUUCCGCCCGUUUCAUGCCCUUGCCUUUCCCUUGGUCACAUGAAAACUGGACAACAAUCAGCCCAUUGAAACAGCUUGACAGAAUCGCCUGUUCCCUGCUGCGUUUCUCUUCAGAGGUGUCCGGCUGUGUCGAGACAAGUCGAGCAGUCAAAAUCCAAAUGCUGGAGCUGUGCCGAGUUGCCAUUUACCAUUGCUAUGGCGACCACUGGAGACCAGGGAAACAUGUAUUGUGGCUGCGUCUGAAAUGUUUUCUUGUCCACUACAUAGUGCCUACUGCAUAGCUACAUUGUUUAAUCCUCUUUCAUGGCAGACUAUGUGGUGUAUGAGUGAAUAUUUCGAAUUCAGCCAAAAGGACUGUCUCCUGCAAAUAUGGCCGCACACUUCAUCAAGCUGAACAGCAAUAUAGAUCAUAGACAUAUAGUGUGUAUGUAUGUGGUUCUAUAUGGAAAGGAAUGUCAAAAUCAGACAGUUAUCUGCCUGUCUUCUGUUUAAGAGGUGUGGCCAACAGAGGGCGCCCUCUGCACAGAACACACAUAGACAAAGUGACCUCACAUCAGUCUUAGCCAAGCUCUGGCCACGAAUAAAUAAAUAAAAAACAUAAAGAAACUAGUAGAACGUAUGCCUGGCGUGGCCUGAAUAUUUUGUAAUGAAGCUUGAAGCUUUUUCUGUCUGCUUUUUUGUGUUUUUGUUUUUUUUUGCUUUUUGUAUGUGCAUAAUUUAUUUGCUAUUUGUAAGUUCAUGGAAAUUUGUCCUGUAGUUGAAUUAGAUUGACAUACAUAGUAGUAAAUUGUCCUUUUGAAGGCUUCUAAUGGCAGGGACAAAAAAAGAAAAUGUCCUUCUUGUGAUGUAAACAUGUGAGAUAAAGAAGUAGAAUCACCUAUGAUGUGUAACUCCCUGUGUGAUUAGGCACGUUAAAGAGUUUUUCACACACUAAUUUUGAUUGAUUUUGACACAAUGGUCAAACCACUACUCUCAUUUUUGGUAUAAAAAAAUGCUAUCAUGUUAAAAUGAUUCGAUUUUCUCACCGCCACACAUCACCUUCAGUUCAGAAUACACAGGCAUUUGGUGUAGUAAAACUAAUUUGAAGUUAUUUGCUCAACUGAAUAACUAAGUCUAUCACAUAAAGGCUCCAUCUCAUGGUUUAGACUCCCAUUCUCGCCUUGUGCUUGUGGCCCCGUGAUUUGCUGACACCCUGCCUCCGCGGAGAACAAGAAAAAGGUUCUCUGCCUGUCAGCCUAGGCACAACUGUUAAGGGACUUUUACCCAUUCAACAUCUCAAAUGCAAAUGAGAAAAUAAUCUUUGAAUUGUGCUUUUGCGAGAUAUUGAAUAAAACUUGCGUCCUCAAUACCAUCACAAGGCCACAAGCUCAAGCAAAGGACGGGAGGAUAGAUAUUGAAAUGGGCCCAGUAAGUCCAUUACACAAUGAAGUUCUAGAGGCCAUGUUUGUAGUUCUUUAGUAGUAGGCUAGUUUGUGUCCUAUUGAGCACUGCAGUCGGCAGCUUUAUUUCAGUGUGUCCAGUAUCGAUGUGCGUGUGUUUAUAACAUGAGUGUGAUAUCGUGAUGAUCUUUGAGAUCCCGCACUUACAGCUGUUGUCACAAUAAUGUAUAAAAGAAAAGAAAUUCUAGUUUGAGAUUGUGAAGCCAUGGUUAAAACAUAGUUAGCGGUACAGGCUUUUUGAAGGCUUUGUUUACUGUGCAAGUAAAUGUACUUAUUCCGUAUGGCCAAAGUGUCUUGCGAUGAACAGUCGCCUCAUGUUUUUUUUUUGGUGGGUGUUUAGUGAAGUCCUGUUGUGUGUGCGUGUACGUGUGCGUGUGCAUGUGCGUGUGAGUGUGUGCCUACCAGUAUGUGUGUCCUUUUUUCUUUAUGGAUGACUGUGUGAAACAAAUGCUCAACACAAAGCGGUUAAAGUCUAUGAAGCUAUGAGAUUAAGAACACACGUAUGGUUGGUGCUGUCCACCUCCCUGACAAUAUAUCCAGGGAUAAAACGAUUGUUUUCAUAGUGGGGUAUGAAAAAAAAAUGUAAAUACCAUAACAUUUUUAUUAUUUUCUUGUUUGAGCUGUGGUUUUGUAAUUAAUUAAAUCUCAAUUUAUAUGACAUUGUCUUUUGUUCAAUGUAAAAAAAAUAAAAUGUUAAC